GUGAGAAAAAGAGAAGUGAAGUCAACGUCUCGUCUCGUUGUUGUGAUAAGAUGGACAAAGACGAAAAUAGUAGCCUUUUGCAAGGAGACUUAACUAAUGAUAAUCCCCAACUCGGCGAUGACAAUCAAGACCUGUCAUGGCGGAAUGCGAGGAAAUGUAAAGUGUACAAACGCCGGUGGUAUAUUCUAUUUGUGUUUACUCUUACUUCGAUCUUGUCGAACUUCAUGUGGAAUACUUGGGGUCCGAUCCAGAGACCUUGCCGAGUUGUAUUUGGUUGGGAAACAUGGACCGUUCUCCUGUUGUCUUCAUUUGGAGCAAUUGGUCCAAUUCUGGGUUUUAUUCCUUCGACGUGGCUAAUGGAUACAAAAGGGCUAAGGGCAUCUGUUUUCGUGACUUCUCUAAUGUUACUUGCUGGGAAAGCAAUUCAAGUGAUUCCUUUCAGUGACAUGACAGUGAAGACUGUGUUCAUUUAUGUUGGCCAUCUUGUCACCAUGCUUCCGAGCUUCAUAGCAAACGGAGCUCCUCCUUUGGUGUCAAGCACCUGGUUUCCUCCAAAUGAACGAACAACUGCGACAGCUAUUGGAACUUUGGCUGCCAACUUUGGUGCGGGAUUGGCAUUUUUUAUAGGACCAUCAAUGAUACCCAAGACAUUUGAUAACCCAGGGAACAGUAACCUCAAUCUGACAGACAAGGACAUAGGGUUCAUUGAAGCACGACUUAGGUACUACUUUUAUUUACAGACAGGACUUGCGGCAUUGCUAUUUGGCUGUGUUGCUGUGUACUUUCCCUCAAAGCCACCUCUACCACCAAGCAAAGCAGCAUUAACAAGAAAAGUGACAGAGAUUGGCUAUGUAGAAGGUUUAAAACUGUUAAUAAAAAAUCAGUCAUACUGGCUGCUUGUGUUUGUUUUGGCUGCAUCAUUUGGUAUUUACUUUGGUUGGACAUCAGUCCUGGAUCUUGCUGUUCAGCCAUUUAAUAUCAGCGAAAAUACUUCAGGAUGGCUAGGAACUGGUGGCAGCCUGGCUGGAAUUAUUUCAGGGAUAAUCAUUGCAAGGUCAGCAGAUGUUGUGAAGCGGUGGACCAAGCAAAUCCUUGUGGGUCUGUUCAUUGGCACUGUUGUCUGUCAGCUGAUCUUCACAAUGACCUGUGCAAGAAUCUUACCUUUCUUCCAGGGACUUUUAUUUGCUUCCAUCAUCUGCAGUGGACUGUUGUUCAAUGGCACCAUUCCACUAGUGUUCGAACUGAUCAUGGAGUGUGUGUUCCCAGUAGGGGAGGGGACAUCUGUCGGCGUGGGGCUUGUCCUUGCUAAUUCUGUGAUAUUCCUGUUUGAUGCAGCCUUCAUGUUUCCUAGGUCUGAUGUCCAGUGGAUGAACUGGGUUAGUGUUGGUGGCAUUGCAUUUUGUGUUCCUUUACUUCUUGUUUAUAAGAGUCAGUAUCGACGGCUUGACCUUGAUACAGAACCUAUCAAAGAGAUCUAAGAGACCUUUUGUAAUUGUGUAAAUCAGACAUUCUUUGAUUUCAGCAACAUGGAAGAAGUUGGAUCGUUGGUGCUUAUUGUUAGAUAAAAGUGAAACAGGUUUUUGAAAUGUUUUAUAAGCCUGAAAGGUGUUAAAAGUAGAGGUCAAUUGAGCGUCCUAGAGAUGCUGAUUACAACUUCUCGUAACACCAGAAAUGAGGGAAAAUUUCAGUGUCUUUAUUUUUUUCUUCUUGUUCCUUUUUUGUGGGGUUAACAAUCUCGAAAUUCUCUUUGAGUUUACUAAUCACACUGUCAUCAGUAAAGAGGUAGCACCUUUAAAUAUGUAUGAUUUUCCAUAUUAUAAAUUAUUAUAUAUUAAAUUCAUAAAUUAGUAUGAAUUAUCAUGUACAUAAUUAAAGA